AUGGUUCUAGGCUUAGAUAAAAAAAGUCACUUCAGACGAGUGCAAAUGUACACCUCAAUGUUGAAGCUGAAGUUGAAGGCCGUGCAUGACAACCACGUAGUGGUCAAGAGGGCAAGAGCCAUAAAGCCUCGCGGAUCCGGUUCCGACGUCAACAACGACAUGGCCGACGUGAAACUACAGUUCGAUGAGAACAACGAAAACUGUCCCUGCAAUAUGGCCAAAGCACAACGCAAGAAGCGCUACCUGGCCAUGGCCAGUCAGGACUCUCAAGGCAACUAUGUGUUGAACUUAAUCCUCCCAUGGAGAAAGGAGAAACAGUUCAAAAAAGCGCUGCGAAUGGUUCGUAAGCUCGACUGCAAAACCCUCGGAUCGCAAAUCAGGGAACGUGCCAGGCGAGAGCGCCGCCGGAAACUGAAAGCUAAGAACAGGGUCGCCGUCGCCGCCACCACCGCCGAGAGAAACUGGGCGAAGCCGGAAGCGGGAAAGCCUCAAAGCGCGUGA